AUGCUGGUAGUCGCAGUUGCUGGAGGUGCCGGCAACGUUGGGCAGACGAUUGUAGACGAGCUGCUCAGGGUCGCCAAGUUCAAGAUUGUCGUGUUGACCAGGGAGAAUCCUGAGUCACAGAAAAGGCAAGCUCGGGAUGGCACUGUGCCAGUCGCAGUAGAUUACAACGAUGUGAGCUCUAUUGCUCGUCGCCUCGAGGAGAAUGCCGUUCAUACCAUCAUCUCUACCCUCCCCAUGACCUCGGAAGAGUGCAGUCAAUCGCAGGUCAAUCUCAUUCGCGCAGCAGACAAGUCAACUUGCACUAAGCGAUUUAUUCCCAGCGAAUACGCUCACAUUAAUACACCGGGACUCCUGGAGCUAGAUCCCACAACCCAAUGGUGGCUUGACGCCGUCGACUGUCUAAAGAAAUCCAACUUGCAGUAUACUCGCUUCGCAACUGGCUUUUUCAUGGACUACUGGGGCAUGCCGCAUGUCGAAACCUAUCUGGCGCCAUUUACAUUUGGCAUCGACAUGCGAAACUGCCAAGCUGCAAUCCCCGGAGAGGGGAAUGACCACCUGAGUCUGACCUACUCAAAAGAUCUGGCAAAGUUUAUCGUCCGGACGCUGGACUUGGAUGAGUGGCCGGAGUUCAGCAUUGGCGUCGGGGACGAUAUCAAGUUCAAUGAGAUGCUGCGGUUAGCAGAAGAGGCUCGAGGUAAAAAGUUCCAGGUCACCUACGACAGUGUCGACAGCCUCAACAGGGGCAAGGCCACCAUGCUUCCUAUUCCCAAAGGCGCUCCGUUUUCAGCGGACGAGAUGACAGAGUACAACGCGUUAUUCGGACAAUUUACUGUUCGAGGAAUUUUCCAUGUGCCAACGGAGAAUCGGUUGAAGUUCCCAGGCUUGAAGCCGUUGACAUUCAAGGAAUUUCUGAGUAGAACCUGGGGGGGGCGUUGA